AUGAAAUGUCUGAAAAUUUAAUCUAUGGAAUUUGUUGCACAGAUUCGAUUACUACACUUCGAAUCGCCGGUGUGGAGACAAAUUUCGAAAUUAUUCCUACAAUAUACAAGGAUUUAUUUUUCUUCUUGUCAUUUUUUUCUUAUCAUGUCUGCAUUAAAGUACAAAGUUGCUGAUAUCAGUUUGGCUGAUUGGGGAAGAAAGGAAAUAAGUUUAGCUGAAAAUGAAAUGCCUGGUCUCAUGGUGAUGCGCAAGAAGUAUGGACCAAGCAAACCGUUAAAAGGUGCCAAGAUUGCAGGAUGUUUGCAUAUGACUAUUCAGACUGCUGUUCUCAUGGAAACUCUGAUAGAACUUGGUGCUGAGGUUCAAUGGUCCUCUUGUAACAUUUUCUCAACCCAAGAUCAUGCAGCUGCUGCAAUGGCCAAGGCAGGUAUACGGGUAUUUGCUUGGAAGGGUGAAACAGAUGAGGAAUAUAUCUGGUGCAUUGAGCAAACUCUUGUGUUUCCUGAUGGCAAACCUUUGAACAUGAUCCUUGAUGAUGGAGGAGAUUUGACCAAACUUGUGCAUGACAAUCAUCCUGACUAUCUCAAAGGUAUUGUUGGUGUGUCUGAGGAGACUACAACUGGCGUUCAUCAUCUUUAUAAAAUGCUGAAAGAAGGCACUCUCAAAAUGCCCGCCAUAAAUGUCAACGAUUCUGUUACAAAGAGCAAGUUUGACAAUCUAUACGGUUGUAGGGAGUCGUUGGUUGAUGGAAUUAAGCGUGCCACUGACAUAAUGUUGGCUGGAAAGACUUGUGUUGUUGCCGGAUAUGGUGAUGUCGGAAAGGGUUCUGCCAGCUCCCUUCGUGCUUUUGGAGCACGAGUGUUAAUCACUGAGAUUGAUCCAAUAAACGCCUUGCAAGCUGCUAUGGAAGGUUACGAAGUUACAACGAUGGAAGAAGCAGCUCCAAAAGCUCAUAUAUUUGUGUCAGCCACUGGCUGUCGAGAUAUCAUCAAUGGCGAACAUUUCAUGUUGAUGCGCGAGAAUGCUAUUGUUUGUAACAUUGGACAUUUCGAUAUCGAAAUUGAUGUGGCUUGGCUGAACAAGAAUUGCAAGAAAGACACGAUUAAACCACAAGUUGACCGUUAUGAAUUACCGAAUGGUCGUCAUAUCAUAUUGCUUGCCGAAGGUCGAUUGGUGAAUCUUGGCUGCGCUAUGGGGCAUCCCAGUUUUGUCAUGAGUAAUUCAUUUACCAAUCAGGUCCUUGCUCAAAUUGAUCUGUGGACUAAUCCCAAGAAAUAUUCUAUUGGUGUCCACGUGUUGCCCAAAAAGCUUGACGAGGAAGUUGCCCGCCAUCAUUUGGAACAAAUCGAUGUUAAACUUACUAAACUGACUGACACUCAAAGUUCAUAUCUUGGCUUGGAAUCUGAAGGACCGUACAAGCCAGACCACUAUCGGUAUUAGAUCAAGAGCUAUGAAAUUCACGUUUAGAAAAACUGAAGUGAAAAUUUUACAAUUACUGAAAUAAUUUAAUGUUCUCGUUAAUAAAUCAGCGAACUGACA